AUGGCGACCAACACAAGUAACGUAACAGCUGCAUUAUUGCCAAAGCCCAUGAAGGCAACAUCCAAUGGAGCAUUUCAGCAUGAGAAUCCCUUAGAUUUUGCGCUUCCCUUGUUGAUCCUUCAGAUAUGUUUGGUCGUCGCUUUUACCAGAACCCUUGCAUUUUUUCUCAAACCCCUCAGGCAACCCAGAGUCAUUGCUGAGAUUGUUGGAGGAAUACUGCUUGGACCAUCUGCAUUAGGAAGAAGUGAGAAAUUUCUUCACACGGUGUUCCCAGCAAAAAGCAUGACUGUCCUAGACACCGUCGCCAACAUCGGUCUCCUUUUCUUCUUGUUUUUGGUGGGUUUAGAGCUUGACAUUCGGGCCAUUCGUCGCACUGGAAAGAAGUCCUUGGUAAUAGCCGCUGCAGGCAUCACCCUCCCUUUCCUUCUCGGUAUUGGCACCUCAGUUGUUCUUCGUUCCACCAUAUCCAAAGGAGUUGAUAACGCCCCUUUCCUUGUCUUCAUGGGCGUCUCUCUCUCCAUCACCGCUUUCCCAGUCCUGGCUCGUAUUUUGGCGGAACUCAAACUUCUCACCACCGAUGUGGGCCGCAUAGCAAUGUCUGCAGCUGCAGUCAAUGACGUUGCUGCCUGGAUUCUCCUUGCUCUUGCUAUAGCUCUCUCAGGCGGCAACACUUCUCCGCUUACCUCCGUAUGGGUCCUACUUUGUGGCGUGGGGUUUGUGGUGUUUUCCAUUUAUGUCACGAGACCAUUACUGGAUCUGAUGGCUCGGCGUUCCCCUGAGGGUGAGCCUGUGAAGGAGAUCUACAUUUGCAUCACUUUGUCACUUGUGUUGGCUUCCGCUUUCGUCACCGACGUCAUCGGCAUACAUGCACUUUUUGGAGCUUUUGUGGUGGGAAUUUUAAUACCCAAGGAUGGUCCUUUUCCUGGGGUUCUUAUAGAGAAGAUAGAGGAUCUUGUGGCUGGGCUCUUGUUGCCACUCUAUUUUGCAUCCAGUGGGCUCAAAACCAACGUUGCAACCAUGAGUGGAGCACAAUCGUGGGGCUUGCUUGUCCUCGUAAUAGCUACGGCUUGUUUGGGGAAGAUUAUUGGGACGAUGAUCGUGUCACUGAUGUUUAAGGUGCCCAAGAGAGAAGCUGCGGCUCUUGGAUUCCUAAUGAACACCAAAGGCCUAGUGGAGCUCAUUGUUCUAAAUAUUGGCAAGGACCGCAAGGUAAGUCUACUCAUGUUCAAUGCUUAA